GCAGGUGGUCAGACGAGAGAAAUGAUUUCAUGCUGGGGAGCAAUCGUGGAAAUUUUUCUGUUAAACAAGUUUCUUUGAGUGAACAAGGAAUGGUUCAAAUGACUGUGAAAGACUACAUGAGAUCUCUGCAUCAGUUUUCUGAAACUCCCACCCUCUCCAGAGGGACCAGUUUCAACUCUUGCCAUUCUACUGCAAGUAUACCACAAAGCAUUCCUGAAUGGCUGGAAUUUUGGGAAGACGAUCCAGUGGAGAUUCUCUUAGAUCUGGGGUUUGGCGCUGAUGAGCCAGACAUCUGUACACAAAUCCCAGUCAGAUUCCUUAGUUGUAACUCAGCAGCCAGAGGAAUCAACAUCCGUGUUUUUCUUGAAGCUCAAAAGAACCGAAUGGAUGUUGAGAAUCCUGACCUGUAUGGCCGUUUCCAGCAGCUGGAAAUCCUGGACCAUGUGACCAAUGCCUUCUCAUCUUUGCUGAAUGAUGUUAGCAUCCUACAAAGCAAAGCUGAAGAGAAGGUUGGAGGAGAGAGUGUGCAAAGAACCUCAGUGAAUGGGGCCAAAGAACAUAGAAUGGGUAAACUUUUAAGGAGAACUUCAAAACAGAACAUCAGGAGGGUCUGUAACCCAGAAGCAUCAAAGUCCUUCCAAAUGAAGAAUGAAUCUUUCAUCCCCUGUGCAGGGGAAUGUGGAGCAGAGUUGCCAACAACCUCAAUCAAUCACAACCAAACCCAUUUGUCUCCUGUGAUAGAGCAUCAGUCUCUUCAGGCCUGUGAUAACUUGACAACUUGUCAUCCUCCCCGAGCUCUUCUGGGCAAGCAAUGGCCUUGCUCAUCCAUGCUGGCCAAGCAUGCUCCUUCUUCCUGUGUGUCUGAAGGGUCAGCAAAGGAUAGAACUCAGAAGGAGACCUCACUUCAGGCUAACAAGUUCAAGAUCUUGUCUCGUCUUGCGGGUAAAGGACCAGACUCCUUUGAGAUGGAAGAGGUCCAGAGCUUUGAAGAAGAGACUGGUAAUCCUCUUGACAUGACUUCAGAAACUGUAG